AUGCAGGCCAAGGUAGAGAAAGAGAUGGGUGCUGCUCAAGAUUUUUUCCUGUAUCAGAUCUGCUCUUUACUUCAUCAAAGGUACAAAGACUUCUCAUCUAGUCUGGUUCAAGGCCUCUCGAAAAUUUUCUUACCUGGAAAGUCCACUGAGGACUUAGAUGGAGACAAAAAUUCGAAGGCCAUGAAGAAGCGGAGCACACUAAACCUUCUAUUGGAACUUUACUUUGUUGGAGUUGUAGAAGAUAACAGCAUCUUUACAAAUAUCAUUAAGGAUCUCACUAGCACAGAACAUUUUAAGGAUCGUGAUGCAACCCAGACAAAUUUAUCCCUUCUCGCUAGUUUUGCUCGACAAGGAAGAUAUCUUCUUGGACUGCCUCUGACUGGACAAGAUACGCUGGAAGAGGUUCAAUUUUGUUAA